CGAGCGCGCGGGACCCGGGCCCCGGCUACCCGGGCUGGGGCGAGCGAGUCGGGGCGGGGAGUUCCCGUUUGGGGGGGCGGGGGCCGAGGUUUCCGGGGGCGCCUCCCGGUGCUGAGGCUGGAGACCGGACAGAUAGUAAAGUCCCAUGAAGAAAAUAAUGGAUUGCAUACAAGUUCUUCUCUGAGUGUUUGGACCGCCAGUGUUCUGGUUUGCUGCGCAGGCCGGAGGAAGAUGGCAACACCUUAUGUCCCUGUCCCCAUGCCCAUAGGCAACUCUGCGUCCAGUUUUACAACCAACAGAAACCAAAGAAGUUCUUCUUUUGGGAGCAUCUCAACAAGCUCAACCUCUUCCAAAGGCCAGUUGGAGGACUCGACUAUGAGUAAUUUCAGACAGACAAGUGUCCCUUAUCAGAUGGAUACGACAGCAUCCGCCUCUAGCAGUCCCCUCAUUAGGACUAAGUUCACAGGUACAAAUUCUUCCAUUGAAUAUUCUGCUAGACCAAAAGAAAAUGAAGAACAAACUCCCGAACCGGUGAAUUGGGAAAAUAGACCUUCCACACCUACGAUACUGGGUUACGAAGUGAUGGAAGAAAGAGCUAAAUUUACUGUAUAUAAAAUACUCGUAAGGAGAACACCCGAAGAAAGCUGGGUAGUUUUCAGGAGGUACACGGACUUCUCUAGACUUAAUGACAAAUUAAAAGAUAUGUUUCCGGGCUUCCGAUUAGCGCUUCCACCAAAACGCUGGUUUAAAGAUAAUUACAAUGCCGACUUUUUAGAAGAUAGACAAUUAGGAUUACAAGCGUUUCUUCAAAAUUUAAUAGCUCAUAAGGACAUUGCUAACUGCCUUGCAGUGAGAGAGUUCCUUUGUCUGGACGAUCCACCGGGCCCAUUUGACAGCCUGGAAGAAAGCCGGGCUUUUUGUGAAACUUUAGAAGAGACGAACUACCGUUUACAGAAGGAACUCCUUGAAAAACAAAAAGAAGUGGAAUCGCUGAAGAAACUACUCAGCGAGAAGCAGCUUUUCUUAGACGCUCUCCAGAGCAGGUUCAGAACACUGUCAUUAGAUCCUGCAGGGUCACUGCACAUGUAUGAGGCAGAAGACGGGUCUGACCGGAAGGUGGAGUGCACUGCACCUGUUGGGGACCGAGAGGCCUUGGAAGAAGAACCUCGAGUUGGUAAUAAGCCACACUUAAGUUUUAGUGAACCUGAAAAUUCUGUGUCAGAGAUAGAAGUCGCAGAAGUGGCAUAUAAUGCUGAAGAAGACUGAAGCUUCACAAGCAGUUCUGUAUAUGUCUGUUUUAUCAGCUUUAGAAUAGAGUGGCAAAUAUUUCGUCUUUGUUCCCAUUCCAGAGUGGCAAAAAUUGUAAAUUUUAAAAAAGACUGAAACAUUUACUGAAAACUGUAAGGAUGCACAUGUAUAAAGUUUACAUACAGUUUAAGUUAUUGUAAUAAGAAAUAUAUUCACUGCUGCUUUAAAUGAUCCUUUAGCCAACUGUUGUACUUAAUAUACUAAAAAAAAAUUCUAGUUAAGAAUUCUGUUACCAAGCUCCACGUUCUUAAAUAGUGUGCAUAAAUUAUUGUGGUGUUUUGGACAGUGGAUUGCUCCAAAGUAACAUGGAUGUGAGUGUGAUGACGUGAGUAUCUUGUGUGUGUGUAUUUGGGUCUGUUCUACUACUCAAGUGAAAAUUGCAUGUUACUGCCUGGUUGGUGGAUACUUUGCUCUUUGACAUGAUGUUUUCACUUUUGUUUAAAUCGGUGGUUGAAAGUUGAAUUUAAAAUAAUAACCUGUUUAUUAUCUUUAAAUAAAAAUUGCUUAUUUGGAGUGCUAUGCUAUUUAAAAAAGGAAACUUUCUAGUACCAACCAAAGGGAAACUAUUAAAAAAAAAUAGAAGAAUAACAAAACUGAUAGCUUUCAAGUUAAAAGCUAAUUAAUUGAUAAUCGGAAACUAUAAGUGUCCCAGCUUCUUAUGUUACAUAUUUUUCUUCUAUAUUUACUUUAAGUCUCCACUUAGAAUUGGUAAGUUUGCCUCUGAGAACACUACCUCUUUUUGCUAAUCAAGGCUAUUAUGGUCUAUUUUCCUUUAGGAAAUAGACCAUAAAUUCGAGGCAAACAGUAAACAAAAAUCUUAAUAAAAAAGCCAUAUUACUACGAAGUUCCUAACUAUGUUGACUCCUGGCAUUACAUUAUUUCUUUAUAUGUGACUAAUCUGCUGUAGUGUAAUCAGGCUGACGUUCUUUUUAACACAUUUAACUUUAUAAAAUUAUAUAUGAUGCACUUUAUAAGAUUAAAGUGUUUUGUGCCAAGUGUCAUUGGUGAAUUAAUUUCCUUAAUAAUUGGAGCUAGGAAAAAGAAAAUAUACAGUGCCUUUACUAUUUCACUUUUUGAAAAAGUCUCCUGGGAUCUGUGAGUCAGCUUCAUUUUUUAAAAUGUUUAUAUCUGCUUUAUGUUUAGUUGUUUAAAAGGCCCUCGUUUCAUUUUUAUCUUCUCGUCACUGUUUUGUUUGGGUGUUUUGGUGGAGGUCUUCCAGCAGUGCGUAGGGACGAGGCCGGAGCGAUUGUCCAAGCACCUGCCUUGCAGGCAGCCGGUUUGCUUUAAACCCCAAUACCACAUAACUCCGAGCCCACCAGGAAGUGGCCCUGAGCACAGAGCCAGGAGUAAGUCCGGAACACUACGCCCCCUGCCCUAGAAAGAAA